UAUCUGUCCCGACGAAGCUCUUUCGCCUGUCGGAUUUUCAAAAGUGCCGUAAGUAACCUUAAGGACAAUGACUUCUCGCACUCUCCUCGAAUAUCUUACUGAGCCAAAUCCAGAACUCAACAGCGACAAUGCUUCACAGGGCCUACCAACUGAUCAGGCUGCCAUCUCGGACUGGGAUGAUUUCACGUUGGACACUCUUCUAGCCUGUUAUGGCGAUAUUUUACGCAAACCGAGAUCAUACCUUCCCAAGUGUUCCCCAGACCUAACCACGCUUGAACGUGAAAUUUGGAAUGAAGACACCUUUGAGCAUCUGAUGACUCGCUAUAUAGUCCCCCAGGUCAGCGUUGGCCUGGCAAAGGCUCAGAGUGAGAUGAACAUUAGUAAUGCCAUCGACAUGACGCGAGGCGGGAGAGCAAAUAUUGAUGCUGGUGUCGAAAGAAAUUCAUUAUUUCCUGACUGGGCAGGUGCCGUGAAAACAGCAGGUGAAACUGGAUAUAUCAAUCACUGCCUGGGAGAGAUGAAGCUUGCAGAGAAAUGGAAGUCAAUGAUGAGCCGGACUUAUAUAGCCUAUUAUUGGCCGAUUACACAAUUGCUCAAGUACUGCUACACGCAGUGGGGGACAUGA